AUGGCCUACGCCAGUUCAAUUUGGAAUAUCCAGCCAUCGAUGCCUAACACUCCAUGCUACCUAUGGCCCAUUGGCUCUGACCCAGAGUCCAACACCGUGUACUUUGACGAUGCAUAUGUGCCAUGGACCGUUCCGGAAGCCGCUCUUGCUGUGCCGCAGUGUUCCUCUCGGCGCAACAACGGAUGGCUUGAUGCGGGUAGACAAAGUCAAAAUACAGCAAAAUCACUCAUUCAGUGCAGCCUACAGCAUUUGGCGAGCUUAGCACACGACCUUGAGGCAGAGACACCGAUCUUCGGCCGGACCAGCCCUGAGGGAUUGCGGUCUUUGCAAUCCCCGAGGCGAUCUAGUGAGCGCCCCAUCAAGCUGAGUGACCCUAUCUCUUAA